UCUCUUUCUCUCUCUCUCGUCUUCACCUCGCAGACGCUACACGAAACAGAUCCGAAUCAACAAUCCACCAUGCUCACAUCAGAACCCGAUCCCAUUCUCACCGAGAAAUCAUGGCAUCUCUUUUCCCUUCUUCUUCAAAUCGGCCACCCCGUCCACCCUCAACUUCUCGCCUCCUACUGCAAGCUCUUCCCCACGUGCCCCGACUUCGUCAGGCACGUGACUUCACUCCCUCGCUCCCCGAUCUUACUCAAUGCUAAUGGACUCGUUACUCCUUCUGCCGACGCCGUUAGCGCCAUUGGAAGGUUCGUAACUGUUUCCAUUGACCGCCGUUUUCUGUUUCGGAACAUUCCAGAAUGUUCCGGCUGGUCCAAGAAACGGAAGGUGGCUACUGAUGUGGUUAAGUUUCCUGCUGCUAAGAGGAGGUUGUUUUUCACUUCUGCCGGAGUGGUUGAAAGAGAUCAGAGGAGAUUAACAGUUGGCGAUGGGGUUCUAGAAGUAUCUUUGGAGAGUUAUGCGCAUGAUGCAAAGAUUAUGACGAGAAACAACUUCCCUGCACUGAAAUUUGAAUCAGCAAAUAUGGAUAUUGAGAGUGCUAUUAUCCCUUUGCGCAUCAUUGAAAAUGGGGAGUGUUUUGAUUGUCAAGCACCAAAUUUUUUCGUGACUGGUAAUGAUACCAGCACAAUCACAUUCCGGGCAGAGGUUUCUGGUCCUGUAACUAAAGCUGGUGAUAGCUUGUUUAUAAAUGGAAGUGAGUUAACUUGUAAGAAGGAAACAGGUAGAGAUUCAUUCAUGCAAUCUAAUAUCUCUGUCAACCAUGUUAAGUCAACUGGUUUCCAAGAUACCUUACUUUGCAAUGAGACCCUUGUUGACAUUGAAUUGGGAAAGAAAAUGGACUACUUUGAUGCACCAGGGAGUGAAUUGGCUGAGCAAAAUAAUAUUGGUACUGCAGAUGAUAUUCGUAAAACCAAUACAAGCAAAGAUCCAAUAAGUGAAUCGAAGAAUGAAGAUGAAGGCUUGCAAGUGGAAAUUGAUCCAAAGAAAGGGGUGAUUGGUUUUGGCAUGGAGAAAGAAAAGGAAGAUGUAUUUGAGAUGGGCCAUAUUGCACUUGUUGCAGAAGAACUAAAAAAUGGUGUGGAACCAGAAAACCAUGUAUCUUUGUUAAAUUUGGACAACAAAGAGUGUACAGUGAGAAACAUGGGGACUUCAACUCCAAAGCAGCUUCUAAAAUCUCCUUCCAUAUCAAAGGAAGGACAGAGGAAUGAUUUGCAACCAAAGUUACAAGUCCUCACAGAGUCACUAGCCUGUAACAUAUCUAAUAAAACUCCAGAAGAUGUUGAUCAAUGUAGAAAUGAUCAGACUCAGAAAUGUCUUCAGAAGUACAAGCGAAAGCAAAACCGCAAGGAGAACCUAGUAGAAACUAUCUCCAUUACUCCUAAGGUGGAGAAAAAAGCACAUCCAUCUUUUGAAGCCUUUACAAUAGAGGAAGAAGAAGGUUCAGGUGGUUAUGGCACUGUUUACCGCGCCCGCAGAAAGACUGAUGGAAAAAAACUUGCAAUAAAAUGUCCACAUGAUAAUGCUCAUAAAAACCAUAUAAAUAAUGAGAGAAUUAUGCUUGAGCGUUUUGGGGGUAAAAGCUUCAUAAUAAAGUUUGAAGGUUCUUUCAAAAGUGGCAGCAGUGACUGCUUUGUUUUGGAACAUGUUGAGCAUGACAGACCCGAGGUUUUGAAAAGAGAAAUUGAUAUAGUUCAGCUUCAGUGGUAUGCAUAUUGCUUGUUCAGAGCCCUUGCCUGCUUACACAAGGAGGGAGUUGUUCAUCGAGAUGUUAAACCUGGAAACUUCCUCUUUUCUCGAAAGCUAAGCAAGGGCUACCUCAUUGAUUUCAACCUUGCCAUGGAUUUAAAGCAGAAGUACAACAGUGGAAGUAAAUCAAAACUAGGCCUCGAUACAUCAAACAAUGUGCCUGUACCAUCUGGCUCCCGCCCAUUGGCCCAUGAAAAGAACAAUGGAGGAAGGAAGUCCAUGACAUUCAACAAAAGGGAAUUGGCAGAUUAUAAGAAAAAUUCUGAACUUAUUAAUAGGCAUGCAAAGCAGAAAGCUUAUGCUGGUUCUCCGAAAAACUGUGUUGGUAAGACUGGUGGAAAUUUACUUAGAGCACAAGGAACAGAGGGCUCGGGUAUAACCUCGGCAAAAGAUGUUACAAGCACUCGGACUGCUUCUGCAGAAAGGCUCAGGGAGCCCCUGCCUACCCAAGGAAGAAAAGGGCUUAUCAGUUUUCUGCAUAAUUCUGUGCAAUCUGCAAGCAAUAGCUCCAUUAAAGGUCCGUCUUCCCAAAGGAAAAGAGUAACUGCCCCUUCAGGCAAGGUAGAUGGCAAGAUGGUUUAUCUUACACCAAUGCCUUUACAUUCAUCUGUUGCCGCUGGGUUAUUGAGAAGCAAAGGAGAUGGAAAACUCAAAAGAGAAGGUUCAUGUGUCGGUACUAAGGGAUUCCGUGCUCCCGAGGUUUUGCUUAAGUCUCAGUUUCAGGGACCAAAGGUUGAUAUUUGGUCAGCUGGAGUUACUUUGCUUUACAUGGUGAUUGGGAAGACUCCUUUCACUGGCGAUCCAGAACAGAAUAUAAAAGACAUUGUUAAAUUACGGGGCAGUGAAGAGCUUUGGGAAGUUGCAAAGCUACAUGACCGUGAAAUAUCUUUUCCAAUGGAGUUACUAGAUGAGCGGUACUUGCAAGCAUGGGACAUAGAAAAGUGGUGCAAGGUCAACACCAGGAGACCCGAGUUAGAAAUACCCAAAUCAUUGUUUGAUCUAAUAGAUAAGUGUCUGACAGUGAAUCCAAGAAAUAGGAUCGGUGUUGAAGAAGCUCUAAGGCAUGAGUUCUUUGCCUCAUGCAAUGAGACUAUGAGAAAGGGAAGGAUGAUAAGAAGAGGUAUCAGCUCAGAUACUGCAGCUUCAAGCUCAUUAUGAGAUCAGUUUCAUAAAACUCUGAGUAUUCUUUUUGGUAGCAACCAGUGUUAUAAUUAGUUGUUACAGUAUUUCUUUGACCUCUUUUCUUCUUUCUGUAUACCUUAGAAUGUAUAUAUGACUAACUAAGGGACAAUUGAGUUCAUGUUAACUUGAGGGGAAGAUAAAUGUAAGAAUCUAGUGUAUCCACAUUUUUUGUUGUAAUUUUCUUAUUUUAUGUAAAAUUCUUUCUAAAACCUUUU